CGAAACUAUAAACAAGGAAGAAAUUUAUUGAACGAAGUUAACGUUAAAACAGAGGAAGAAAAAUUUCACCAGACGACUCACUUUAGAUAAAAAACAAAGUGAGUUUCUAGGAUAAAGGGCUGUAAAGGAUAUAUGGUAUGGUCAUAUCUUGAUAAAAUUACCUCAAUUAACUGGUUAACAGAUAUCAAAGAAAAUGGCCGGCGUCUCCAGUGUACCAGAAAUUCGUCUGACAUUGAUAGGGAAAGUAGGAGCAGGGAAGAGUUGUCUUGGCAACUCAUUGUUGAAGAAAAACGAAUUUAUUUCUCGGCAGGACUCCCAAUCAGUUACAUCAGAAAGUUCGUUAGGACAACGUCGUUUAAUGUUAAAUGGUAUUGAAACAGAACUGAAAAUAGUUGAUACACCAGGAUUAUUUAGCAUAGGUAAAAAGAACUCCAGCACAGUUAAAGAAAUCGUUAAGUGUAUCGAACUCUUAUCACCUGGUCCGCAUGCCUUUAUUUUCGUGAUUAAAAUCGGUCGACUUACACACGAAGAUCAAAAAGUUUUAAAGUAUUUUAAAGAUACAUUUGGUGAACUAGUUGAUAGGUUUGGUGUGGUUGUGUUCACUGGAUCUGAUUUAUUAAAUGAUAUAAGUUUUAAGGAUUGGAUUCAGGGUGCCACAAACACUUUUAAAUCUUUCCUGAAACGUUGUAAAAACAGAUACACUAUUAUUAAUAACUUAGAUAACUUGGAAAGAAAAUCUCGUGAUUUGGACAAUAUCCUUAAUCUUGUACAAAAAACCAUCAAGGAUAAUCAUGGCGAAUUUUAUCAAAAUGAGAUGUUUGAAGAGGCAAAAAAUCUGUUUGAAGUGAAAUUGAAAGAUGAGCGUGAAAAUGUAAAGCUGCAAAUUCAACAACUUACCGCAGAACGUGAAAAGGAACGUGACGAAUGGAAGAGAAAAGAACAAGAAUUGUUGGCUCGUAUUCAGAAAAAUUCAGUCGAAUACCAUGAGAGCUCACCUGAUGCUAAGAGGAGAAAGGUUAUACCUAGAAGAGAGAAAGGGGUGAUGUUACCUGAAGAUAACUUUAAGAUAAUAUCUAACUAUGUGUAUUUAACCGAGAAUCUGGAUCCUCUACACCCAUUGUUAGACAGCUUAUAUGAAAAACAAGUACUAAAUGAAGAUGACUUGGAAAAAAUCGACAGAGCGAAAUCUGAAGGUACAAAUGCAAUGAUACGUCAAUUUCUAGAUAUUCUUCGCAAUUGUGGUAUAAAUGCAUAUUCUAAAUUCAUCCAUUGUUUAAAUAAAUCAGGAUAUGGAGCAGUCGCUGAACAAUUAGCAUCGGAUAUUGAUAUGGAUGGUAGAAAUGGUCUCGUUCAGAUAUGUAACAUAACAUUAUUUUGUUAUUUAUAA